UUGUAUUCCUGCCCGCAGACCUGUCUGGAGAUGAUUAAGUUCGUGCUGCUGGUGAACCAGCAGGGUCAGAUCAGGCUGUCGAGGUACUACCAGCCCGUAGAGCUGAGCAAGAGAGCGGCGCUGGAGGCCGACGCCGUCCGCUGCUGCCUGAGCCGCAACAAAGACCAGUGUUCCUUCGUGGAGUACAAAGACUUUAAACUGGUGUAUCGUCAAUACGCCGCUCUGUACAUUGUGGUGGGGGUCACGGACGGGGAGAAUGAACUGUCCAUCUACGAGCUGAUUCACAACUUUGUGGAGGUUUUGGAUAAAUACUUCAGUAGGGUGAGCGAGCUGGACAUUAUGUUUAACCUGGACUGUGUUCAUAUCAUCCUGGAUGAGAUGAUCCAGAAUGGUCACAUUGUAGAAACAAACAAGAGCCGCAUUCUCGCUCCCCUCGCCGCCAUCGACAAGAUGGCGGAUGGAUGACGCCUGGUGCUCACACGCAGCCAGAAAGGAGUGCAAAAUCCCUGUAAAGUAAGCCUACGGGCACACAUGUGAAUGCAUUUAUAUUAAAAAGCUACUUUUCACCGUGUGUGAAUUGUGACUUAUGAGCACACCAAACUUCGUGUUUGAGAAGAACCUCUUUAAAUCAAAUGGAAACAUUGAAUUCAUACUUGAAUCCAGUCAUUUUCUUCUUUUCGACAUUUGUAAGGGAGAUUUUUUGGAUUUAUUUCCUUUCUCCAUGGGAUCCAGUUAGAAGGAUCAGAUUUCUGAACGCCUGUCCCUGUUUGUGAACACGAAUGAUGCCCAGAAUAAAGCUAAUCUGUUUCAUCGUACGUUUUGAAGGACAGACUGUAAGAAUAACGAAAGAAUAAAACCCUCCUUUAUUUUAAAUCCACGACUGGAGUGUCGUCUGUUCGGUAAUCUGAAGGGUUUUGGUUUACACAGUUCGAUAUCACUGAAAGAUUUUUUUUGUGCAUUUAUUUAGAAAAUGGUGCGUAUAUGUAUAUACGAUUUGAAAAGAACUUGAAACAUCAAUGGUCUAAAUAUUAAAAGUUAUUAAAAUCCUAAUAUUUCAAUCCUAAAAGAAAUACUGACCU